AUGUGCAGAGGAGGUUUCCUGUCGUCUUUCAUCCUCGUCUCCUACAUCGCCGUGGCAACUGCAAUGACUCUAGAUCUAACUGAGCUGAGAAAUAAAGUUUCAAAGCUCAAGGUGAAUCCGAGAGGGAAUCUGUGGGCAACAGGACAUUUCAUGGGCAAGAAAAGCAUUGUGGAUAGUUCCUUUGUGGAGUCUGCUUUUGAAAAUCUAAACGAUCCCACUGAAGUCAGAGAUGCUGGUCCUCUGUACGGAGUGGAAGACCUGCAGUCGCUCAUCAUCCAGAUGUUGCAAACGGCCCAGAAAACGCAACAAGAACAGGCUCUGGACAUGUUAGUUUAA